GAACGGGCCUACGACCGCAACACCUCUCGCUCACCUCAACACCCAUAAACCCGGUGAGUUCAGCGCGGCAUUACGGGGGCUUUUGAAGGAUAGGGAGGGUUCGCCGGGUUACGAUCUCUACACGCGGUGGAGGAGGGAGGCUAGAUCGGCUGGAUUGCUUGUACGGUUCGCUCGGGGACCAGAGACUGUGAAGGGACCGAGAGGGUUGCAUUUACAUCGUUGGCGUCAUUCUGAAGAGUAGAUUCAGGCGAAUAUCGAGCACGUCGACACUGGGUUGCAUAUUCACCCGUCUAUCGUCCGCAUCGAACAAGAAGUCGGCAACUCACACGACCUCGCGCGACACCAUCAGCCAUAUAUUCUCACCCGGGAUUCAUAGCGAACUCAUCUAGACGGCAAGAUGUCGAACACCACAGUCGGAGCUGUUUACCAGCAGAUUAUCCGCGAUGUUGUUGAUAGUUCGAGGGUCGAUUUCGAGGAGGGUGGCGUUGACGAGAGUGUGCUCGAUGAGCUGAGUCGGGUAUGGCAACAAAAGUUGACCGCGCUGAACGUGGCCCAGUUCCCGUGGGACCCGAAGCCAGAGGCACCCCCUCCUCAGCAGCAGCAGACCAUGGCGAACAUCCCCUACCCUCAAGAGCCAACACCGGCUCCCAUGCAACAACAGCAGCAGCAACAUGCUCCUCCCCAACAGGGACAGUACAUGAACCGCCCCGGCCCGCCGAUCCCAGCCCAAGCGCCGCAGUUCCCACAGAUGCCGCAGAUGCCUCAGAUGAACGCCGGUCCACGCAUCAAGGCGGAGCCUGGCCUCGAGACUGGCGGCAUGCCGCCCGUGUACACUGGGAUGGGUAAUGCGACGACGGCACAGCAGCGCGCGGCGCAGAAUUUGCAGGCGAGCUAUGGGGCGAGGGCGGCGGCGAGUAUUAAUGCUAUUCAGGGGAUGCCGCAGCAGGGGCAGCCGCAACAACAGCAAGGGCAGCCUCAGCAGCAGCAGCAACAGCAACCUAGCCCACAACAGGGCCAACAGCAAGCUCAGCAGCAGCAGAUGCACCAGGCGCAACAGAGACCACAGGGACCAUCGAUCCAGCGACCUCAGAUGACGCCGUCGCAGUACCAGCAGGCACUAGCGCAACAAGCAGCGCACCAGAAGCAGCAGCUUGAACAGCAGGCGAAGGCCAGACAGCAAGCUGCCGCUCAGCAGCAGCAGCAACAGGGCCAGGGUGCUCCCAAUGGGGCGCAGCAUGCACAGACUGAUGGUGGUGCUGAUGACGAGGAUGAGGACCGUCAUCGCCACUUUGGCGUUAUUAAGCAAAUUGGUGGUGAUGGGUCGGAAAUCAACAUGGGACGUGUUGAGCUCGAUGGGUUGAUUCGCCGACAGAUUGAGGCGAGGGGGAAGGCGAUGGAGGGGGGUGGGUUGAUGUUACCGCUUAAACAGCAUAAGGGGUCCAAUGGCGGACGUCGCGAGAGGAAGAAGGCUGCGGAUGUGGGACAGACUGAUGGGGGCGACGAUGAUGAUGACGACGAUGAUAAGGUGCUCAAGGCUGAGGAUGACGAUGAGGACGCCAUCAACUCUGAUCUCGAUGACCCGGAUGACCCCAAGAGCGACGAUAGUGGCGAUGAUGAGACGCCGCAGGUCAUGCUGUGCAUGUAUGACAAGGUGCAGCGGGUUAAGAAUAAGUGGAAGUGCGUUAUGAAGGAUGGUGUCUUGACCAUUAAUGGCAAGGACUACGUCUUCCACAAGGCGUCGGGGGAGUACGAGUGGUAAAUCCCAUCGCUCGAUCUUUCACCGAUCCCCGAUUUCCGAUUCUCGAUUUUCGGACCGGUUGGUUGUUGGUUGGUUGGUUGGUUGGUUACUCGGGUUCGAUUUCAGGAUGAGAGGCAGCGAGAAUUUCCACAGAGAGGAUUUUAUUCCCCAUUUCAAAAAACAAGGUUGUACUUCUAGAUCCCGGAAAUAGAAAAUUGUCACUUUUUUUUUCUUUUUUCCCUCCUCGAACCAAAAAAAAGGGGGGGCCAGGAGGGGUUGGGUGGAAUGGGUGUGUACGUUAACAGCGUGCGGGGCUGAGGGAUAUGGAUUCAAUGGAUUCUUAUCUUAUUUCGAUUCCGGAUUCCCUUUUUUUUUCGGAUUCUUUCCUAGUUUAGGAAAUAAAGAUAGAUAACAAUGAGACGAUGACUUUCUAUG